AUGGAAUUUCCUGCAGGCCACCAUGGUUUCCUUAUAGGAAGACUGCUGCGUUGCUUAGCAUUUGUGUUUGCUUUUAUAGACAAUACAAUGUGCUAUCUUCUUUCUUUUGUUGGGCUGAGCAAUCCAGUACGCCAUGAAAGCAAUGGGCAGAGAGAAUUUCAAGAAAUCCCUUCUGUCCUUUCGUUGCCUUUAGAUGGUGACAUGGUUAGAAAUAAAUUGCAUGUCAUCAAAUUUCAGAGUUUUGCAGAUAGUUAUGGUGAGAUUGAUGAGGAUGUUAUGUGUGCUGUUUGCUUAAACUCGUUGGAGAGAGAUGAUGAAAUUCGGGAGUUUUGUAAUUGCUCUCAUAUAUUUCAUAGGGAUUGUUUGGAUAAGUGGAUUGAUCACCAUCAGACUACAUGCCCUCUCUGCAGAUGUCCUCUGAUUGCACAGAAAGAAAUUGUUCAUCAGAGCCAAGAUAACAAUCAUGAAGAUUGGAUCUCCUUUCUAUUCGGAGGUGGAGAUUUGGUCAUUUCAUUUUAG